AUGUCUUCUGUUACAACAUUUAAGCGAAGUAAAAAUGCAACCAACUCUAUCCGAGAAGAAGAAACUGCCUUUAAAGGUGGUUCUGACGGUGAUAGACAACAAAAACCACAGUUUAGAGACGAACGUUUUCGAAGAAUGGAAUUAAUGAUCGAGUUCACUAACCUUCGUAACCCUAAACAUUGUCCAAGUGGUGUUUAUGUUAUGCCAUCUGCUGAAUUUUAUGAUGUUGCACCUACUAUCGUAUUUCCAUCUUCUACUAUAAAUAAUCAAGGACUAUUUCAUCCAUUGGUUCAUGCUGAGACUGGUGAAUUCUCUCUAACUCAACGGUUCAAAGACUGGACAACUCAUAAAUAUUUUAUCUUCCAUAUUCUUCAUUAUAUCAAAAAAUCAUUUAAGAAAGAGGUACUGGAUAAUUUGUCAGAAAAAUAUUGUCUUGGUAUAGACGCUUAUAAAUUAUAUAAUAAAGAUAUAAAAACUUUUGCAAAUAUGGCAUCACAAUCUGCAAAUUUUUCACGUUCUGAAACUGUUUUAUUCGAAAAUCAUACUGAGGCUAAUCCAAUCCAAUUUUCAAUAUUACCUAAAGAAAAAAAAGUUGAAAAAGAAAAAGAAAAAUCUAGUUACUUUUCUCGUAGAACAUUUUCUGCAUCUUCGAUGUCUUCUAUAUUGAAUCCACCACAAUAA